AACCUUCCCCUCUGGAUAGUCCUGUGGAUUGAGACCGUCCACUUGGCCCAGGAGUAUCAGGGCCGCGAUCGGUGGGACGAGCGCGAGGCCUGGCUUGCCUCAGCGCCACCACCGCCGCCUCCGCCCGAGGCACUUGCCGCGCCCGCGGGGCUGUUCGGCGUGGAGCAGAGCUGCCCGCUCGUGGAGCCGCUGGGGAGCCCGCGGCCCAAGGAGGAGCCGCCCGAGAGCCGCCUGAGCCUCGGCCCUUUCGGGUGGUGGGGUGACCAGGUAGCGGGGGCAAGCUGUGACAGCUGUACCAGGCACGGGGAGGAGCUCGCGAUGGCCGCCCGCCUCGACACGAUGGCGGCAGCCCUGGGCGAGCCGAGGUGCCCCGUCGCUGCGGAGCAGGGCUUCUGGCAUAAAGGGGCUUUAGGCAGACGCAUGAGGGUGUCGUACUCAGACGACGACGUCGACCACGGACGCUACUGGGUGUGGCCGUCUAAGCGAGUCGAGGACGGCAUUUGCCAGCAGGAGAGCGUCUGGUGCGUGCUAUCGCCCGGCGAUGGCCAGUGGCGGGAACGACGUGACGGCAUUGACCCUGAAGGUGGCCCGAGCGAGGCUGUCCCGAUGCCGUGGGCUGGCUAUCCGCACAUCGCUGGACGACGGCUGUCCUGCUUUCGAGCGCGUCCGACGCUGGAGCGCCUGGAGCAGCUUGCGAAGGGGAGCCGUGGCAUCGAAUUCGCCCUGGGCCAGGAGCCGAGCAACUGGCCGCAGCCCGUGAUGACGGAGACGGGGGAGGUGCAGGGCCUAGGCACGGUGAUGGGCGUGUCAGCUCAGGAGCUCCCAGCGCUGGGGGACGUCGGCGCCGAGGGGUUGAAGAUGUUCGGAACGGAGGUGUGUCGGGUAGCCCGCGUGAAGAUCUCGGACGCGACUCGGUUUGUAGGAGAGCAGCUCACCCGUGUACGUCGUGCCCUGGGGACUGAUGCCCCACCAGGGGAGCUGGCAGACGAGGAUAGCGUCCAGAAGCACUUUGGGCUCGGAGAUCGAGUUACGGAGGCCUCUGCGGGCUUGGGCGAGGCUCGCGGAGGAGACACCGUCGAGGACGUGAGAACGCUGGCGGUGGACUACGACGACCACGGCGAGAGGCACAAGGAGGGGGGCGUCGUCAGCGGGAUCAGGGUCGAGUCGUAUGCCAAUGACCUGAUCCAGGGCCCCAUGUCGGUGGUCUACUUGGCUAAGGUGAUGUACCGCAGCGGCGGAGGCCCCAGGCGAUGGCUGGCCGAGUGGCCACGAGAACAUCGAGUGGAGCGCCAGGACCGCAUUUACCAGGAGCUGGGCAAGACGGGGCCGAGUAACUUGAUGUCCCCUGAGCUGCGUAGCCUCGGAGCGGAGUUCCUGAACGCUCGCGUCGAGGGCCUCGCAGGGGCCGAUCAUGCUCUACACGAUGGAGGAGGUAAGGGUGACGGAGAUAAGCCUGGGCCUGAGGGCGCGAAGGGACCGAAGAACUCCCCCGACGCAGCCGCGGCGGGGGGGGGAAUGAUGGAUGAAGCGGCCGCCGCUGGUGAUAGCCCGACCAGCGGCGUCGACUAUGCAGGGCUGCCUGGGCUACUUCCCCAGGCGGGUGCCCGCGACAUCUUCCCGCUUCCGCUGCAGGAGGAGGUCGAGGGCGUCCUGGGGGCAGGACAUCGAGGAGGGCGUGAACGCCGACGGCUUUUACAUGGGAAAGUUUUGAAUGGGGCCAUCUCGAGCCUCAACUGGCUGGCAGGUGCGAGUGUGGGUUCCUCCACGCCACUCCUGUCGGACAUGCAGCUGGACGUCGUCGAGCGCAUCGAUGGGCAGGUGUGCGACAUCGUGCAGCCGAUGCGAGGCGAGCAGCUGCAGCCGCCGUAUUCAGCCCUACGGGAGUUGAUGCGUGGGAGAUCGCCAUACCUGGGUGGUCCUCCCGAGGAUCUGCUUGCCCCCUACCGACCUGGGCUUCCCUCGCUUCCCGACAGCAUCAGUGAGGCACCUGAGCUUCAUGAACUUCUACGGGGACGGGCGCGCCAGUUUGUGGAGGGGCAGGGCGAGCGCAUGCUGCGCGACCUUGAUGGCGUGAAGGAGAUGUUGGUGCGGUGCCCGCGGGUUCCUUUCAGCGAGCCCUCGUUGGUGCGGAGCCGACGGAGGUAUAGCGAUUUUGUGAAGGACCUGGUGAAGCGCGGCCUGGUGUCCUUCAGCCGCACGGUCGUGGAGAUGGUGGGUAUAUUCUUUGUGUGGAAGAUAGGGAAGGAGAGAUCGCGUAUGAUACUUGAUUGCCGAAGAAGCAAUGCCUGGCUGAUCGAUCUACCUUCGGUCCAACUCUUGACCGCGGAGGGGUUGUCAGCAUUCGAGCUCGAGGAGGUGGGCGGAGCACGAGAUCACCUGGGGGCCGCCCAUCUUGCUGCCAUGGAGGACGUGGAGUUCUCAGUGGGUGUGGCGGACGUGAAGGACGCUUUCCAUCGCAUGCGGCUGCCAGCCUGGAUGAAGCGGCUGUUCGGCCUCCCCAGCCUCCGAGCCGGCGACGUCGGGAUCCACGGGGGCCGGCUGGACGGCGAGGUGCUGAGCUUCGACGACCUGAUCUACCCGAUCCCUGAGGCGCUGCCGAUGGGGUGCACGUGGAGCCUCUACUUGUGCCAGAGUGUGACGGAGCUUCGUUGCCAGUUUGCCCCCGCCAUCGCAGGGAGUGCGCCCUGGAGCGACCUGGGGAAGCCGCUGGUGUUGAAGAUCGUCUGCGGGACCGAGCAGGUGGAGCACUAUGUGUACGUGGACAUCAUGGGCGUCCUGGGCCAGAACGGGGAGCGCGUCAGCAACAGCCUUGACGAGCUGGUACGGGCUUUUGAGGCAGUCGGCCUUAAGGUCCACAGGCGAGAGGUCCGCAGCGACGGGAUCGAAGUGCUCGGGGUGGUGUUGGGCGGCCAGAGGCUGCAGACGCGCCCGUCGCUGAAGCGGGUCUGGAGGGUGCGGCAGGCGCUCGUGGGAGUGCUGCAGAUGCGGGCGGUGCGCGGGCACGACCUCCGCGCGCUGCUGGGCCAUUGCACCUAUCUCGGGCUCGUUCGGCGGCCUGUGCUGUCAGUAUUCCAUACAUGCUACCGCUUCGUCUCGAAAAUGCAGAACGAUUGUGCGCCUCUCUGGCGGAGUUGUCGAGAGGAGCUCGAGGCUUUCAAAGGCCUGCUGCCCAUGAUCGUGUCUGACUGGUGGCUCCCAUGCAAUAGGUGGGUUCAGUGUUCGGAUGCCUCUGAGACUGGCUACGGGAUAUCUGGGAGCUACUGGGACCUCGAGUCUUUAAACGUCGUCGGGCGGUGUCGUGAGAGGAGGCGGUUCAGGACGGAAGAGGGUCAAGAGGCACGUCGAUCAGCUCUUACAGCGGCGGGUCUUGGGGAGUUCUUGGAGGCGAAUGUGGGGGAGGCGAAGCUGUGCGUUGACGAGGGCGAGAAGUGGUUGAUCGAGACCACGUUGCCCGAAGGGGAUUACGAGUUGGACCCCGAUUUCUCAGAGGUACUCCUUGUAGACAAUCUUGGGGUGGCCCUGGCGUUUGACAGAAGUAGGUCGCAGCCGCCCGCCGAGCGGCCGCAGGAUCGGCGGGCGAAUAUCCUGACCCGCGAGGCGGCGAGGCCGCCUGCCUCAGCCGCGCUCCAGAACCAUAUCGGUGGCAAGCGGCCCGCCGAGGCGGCGAAAAGCCAGGCCACGCCGAGCCUGGAGGAAGCGGGCGCAGGCGUGAGCUGCGACACCCUGCAGGCACGCCACUGGACACUGGAGAAGCGGGUCCAGCGGCGGUAUGCGGCAGUGUCACGGGCGAUCGAGGACGGAGUGCCGAUCAGACGCUACCUGGAGUCGAGCACGGUGACGCCGAAAGUACGAGCACCGUGUCACAGAGAGCUAGAGCAGAUGAAAGACCGAUGUGGCCGCCAGGACUUGUUCGAGAUGAUGUUAGAGACUCUGGAGGUAUGUAUAGUACGCUACCUCACGACUUUGUGUCUGGAAGGGGAGCAGGUGUCCACGGGCAUGUGUGUGGCGGCGGCUGGGAACCAUUUCUUCCCAACGGGUGGGAGAUUGGGGGCCAGUGCGCUACCCCGUAGCCGCCCUGGGGAUGGUGUCACGCCUGGGGGUGGCAGCCGCUUCUGGGGCCUGCUGAUGCGCCCGCAGGAGAAAGCCCCCCCCCCCGACAAAGUGGGAGAGUUCGACCUGGGUGUGAAGCUGGACUCGGCGUGGUUGCUGUGGCCUGGACCAGUGCUGGAGGCGCCGCAGCGAGAGGACCUGCCGAAUCCAGUGCGGCAGUUCGACUACCCGCAGCUGCUGCGAAGGCUGCGGUCCGCUUGCGACACCAUGCAGCUGGGGCGGCUCACGCCCUACCAGGCCAGGCACUCGGUGGCAAGCAUAGAUCGCGCCAACAGCGAGCGGAGCCAGGCCGAGGUGCAGAGGCACGGAGGCUGGUGGCAGCUCAAGAGCAUGGCGAGGUACGAGAAGAGUGCGCAGCUCGAACAUCGCGCGCCGCAGCAUUCGGCGGUGAUGGUGGCGUACGGGGAGCAGUGCCUGCGCGAGCUGGAGCCCGCCUUGCCGUGGGGCCGUGCGGCGCCGCUGCCAGGCGGCAUCCAGCCCUUGCUCAGGGCUCGAAG